AUCCCUGCUCCCGGUUCCCCCCAGGGGCUCCUACGGAGAGGCGACUCCGCGGAAGGGCUAGCGGUCCCGCCCGAGUCGGCCCGAGAGCGCAGCCAUGGGCUUCCGAGCCGUGCUGCGCGUUGCCACCCUCCUGCUCCUGCUCAGGACCUGGCUCGCGGAUAGCAACAAGCGCAGUCGCAGCCGGGGCUCCAAGUUCUCCCGAGUGCCCAAAGACUUACUGGACAUCUUCAACUGCAAAAACUGUGCAAAUCAGGCCACGGUCCGAAAGAUUUUGGACAGGACACUGUCAAACUAUGACGUCCGACUGAGGCCGAAUAUUGGAGGUGACCCUGUGACUGUGAACAUAGGUAUCUAUGUCACCAACAUUCAUGAGCUCCCAAAUAAGAACAAGGACUAUGCGAUCACGAUGUACUUUUACCAGACCUGGAAGGACUCACGCUUGGCCUAUCACGAGACCAACCUGAACCUGUCCCUGGAUUACAGCAUGCAGGAGAAGUUGUGGGUCCCUAACUGCUACUUUCUGAAUAGUAAUGACGCUUUUAUGCAGGAUGCAAUUGUGGAGAAUCGUGUGUUUCAGCUUCACCCAGAUGGAACGGUGCGGUAUGGCAUCCGGCUGACUGCCACAGCAGCCUGUACCCUGGAUCUGCGUAAAUUCCCUAUCGGCCGGAAGACAUGCAAGCUGGAGGUGGAGAGCUAUGGCUACACUGUUGAAGACAUCAUAUUAGAGUGGGACGAUGAUAAGGAUGGCACACACGCGACUAAGGAGCUGCGAGUCCCCCAGUUUAAUUUCCUGGGGAGGGUGAUUACUAGCAAGGAGGUGUAUUUCUACACAGGUUCCUACAUGCGUCUGGUAAUGAAGUUCCAGGUCCAGCGGGAAAUUAACAGCUACCUUCUGUACAUCUAUUGGCCCACUAUCCUCUGCACUGUUCUCUCCUGGCUGUCGUUCUGGAUGCGCCAUGAUUCUUCUGCAGCCAGGGUGACAAUUGGCCUAAUUUCCAUCCUUAUCCUGACCACCAUCGACUCACAUCUGCAGGAUAAACUCCCCUACGCUGCCUACAUCAAGCACAUCGACAUCUAUGUGCUGGUGUGCUUGUGCUUCGUGUUCCUGUCCUUGAUAGAGUAUGCCUACAUCAACUACCUUUACUUCAACAAACGAUCUCGCCGCCAUCGUAGACAACGCAGGAGACCCAGGAGAGUCCUUGCCCGCUACCUCUACCAUGAUGUAGUGGAUGGCCUGAUUAACGUGGAAAACGAAGUCGGCUCUGGCUCUCUUCCCACCCGCCCUGCACAGGCUGGCCUGGCGAGCCCCGAAAGCCUUGGCUCUUUGGCGACCAUCUCAGAGCAGGCCCCACUGGCCACCUCCGAAUGCCUCAGCACAUUCUCUUCCCUCUCCAGCCUGGACCAGCUGGAGGCUGGAGAGAACAUGAGCUAUCUCCCCUCCACCUCCCUGCAGCCCCUUCCUGGCUAUAGUGGUAUUACUGCUCCUACCAGAAUCCGCAUCCGCGUCGAAGCCCGCAUCUGUAUAGAGACCUAUGACGAUGAUGAUGACAACGAGGAAGAGUCCGAAGACAACUCAAGCUUGGAUGAGAGCCAUGGCUGUGACCCCAGAAGGAGGCCCAUGGUGUCCCGUGGCCAGAGGUGUGGGCAAGAAGCAAGCUGGGACUCUGAUGAGAUCGAAAGCUUACCGGAUGACACCAGUGUCAACAGCAGCAGCCUUGACCUUGAAGAGCAACUCGAGGAUGACACUGACAGUAUCUGGAGCAUUGAUGAGAAUUCCAUGACCUCUGACCAAGAGAAGGAGAGCAGCUUAGGGUCUGAGGAUAGUUCCCUGAGCCCUGGGUGCUCCCUCAUCGAGUUCUCAUCCAAGCUCUUUAAGCCUGACUACGUCCCUAAGCUAGACAGGUGGUGCCGGGUCCUCUUCCCUCUUUCCUUUGUAUUGUUCAAUUUUGUCUACUGGCUGUUCGACAUGUUUUAGUUCCAAGGGCCCCAGAGUGGCAGGAACACCAUGAUUUGCUCCCUUCACAGUUACUUUUGGCUUUAUUUUUCCCUCUUUCCUUUGGUCAUUUUAUUUGGUACUUAUCAGUUCAACACUUCUUAUUAUCACGAGGUGGAGAAUAGUUAGAUCAUUCAUGCUUUGACUGCCAGGGAAGGAAUUGAGGAAUUAGGAGUAUCUCAUUGAUUUCUUUUCUGGCAAGAAGAUGCAUACCUUUUGGAACAUUUCCAACAGUGGAUAGGCACAGCGAGGCCCCUGGAAAUGUUUAAAAGACAGAGAGGAGCCAAGUUGGGGAGCAAAGGAAAGCGCUGAGCCUUGCUCAUAAACAUUUCUGGAGUUUUCUUGGCUUUUAGGCAUUGAAUUUUCUAUUUCAUUACUGUACUUUGUUGUUUCUUUUCCUUCCUCGGGGCGAUGGCCCUUGCUCUUUGUUUAAGGCUGUGCAUGAGAAAGUCAAGCUGGGUUAGUCUGGGGUACACAGGGGAAGAGCUGGCCUAGGCUUGGAAAUGCAGGAAACUGGCUAUGGCAAAGUCGCCAUUUGCCCAUGACUGUGCGUUGUAUUUUGAGUUUGGCAUUGUGGUACAGAGAUCGGAGGCAAACUGGAGGGAGGUGGCAGGAGCUUGUGGCAGGCAGGGGUGAUGUCGGGUUAAAGAAUGCACAGGCUCGGCUGGCCAUUUUGGAGGGAUUAGAAUUUACUCUCCUGCCUGCCUGCCUGUCUCUCUCCCUCUCUCUAUCUCCCUCCCUCCCCCCCUCC